CGCGCCCCCUUGGUGCGCGGGCACAGCAGCCAGGCUGCCGGAGAGCUGAUCUCGGGAUUCGGGUGCCGAGCCCUUGGCCUGGAGGCGAUAUGGGUGGUCCGUGGCCGGGUUCAGUCGCUUGCAGCAGUCCCGGGAACAGGCCUGUCUGGCCCUGAGUCCCCUUUCUGAAGCGGUGGUGCUUGGACGACCUGCUCUCUCCGUGGCUGGGCACUUGUAUGUGCCUUGGAGAGCACAGUUUUGAGGUUCAAGUCAGUGUGACCAUGAAGGGGCUGCCUAUGGGGCUGAUGCUGUGACACUGGAGUCUGCCAUUCCUGCCAGUCCCCCUGCCCAGAACAUGUGGCUGCGGCUUGGCCCGCCCUCGAUGUCCCUGAGCCCCACACCCGCAAUUGGCCGGAGCCUGUGCCUCACCCUGUGGUUCCUCAGCUUGGUGCUGAGGGCCAGUACCCAGGCCCCAGCACCCACAGUCAAUACUCACUUUGGAAAGCUAAGGGGUGCCCGGGUACCAUUGCCCAGUGAGAUCCUGGGGCCUGUGGACCAGUACCUGGGGGUACCCUACGCAGCUCCCCCGAUCGGCGAGAAGCGCUUCCUGCCCCCUGAACCACCCCCGUCCUGGUCGGGCAUCCGGAACGCCACACACUUUCCCCCAGUGUGCCCCCAGAACAUCCACACAGCUGUGCCCGAAGUCAUGCUGCCAGUCUGGUUCACUGCCAACUUGGAUAUCGUCGCCACUUACAUCCAGGAGCCCAACGAAGACUGCCUCUACCUGAAUGUCUAUGUGCCCACAGAGGAUGUAAAGCGGAUUUCCAAGGAAUGCGCCCGAAAGCCCAACAAGAAAAUUUGUAGGAAAGGAGGAUCCGGCGCUAAGAAACAGGGCGAGGACUUAGCGGAUAAUGACGGGGAUGAAGAUGAAGCAGAGAGCAUUCCGGUGUACCUCUGCACCCUGGGCCUGGCCCUUCACGAAUGGAAGGGCCAGACAGCUCAGAGGGACCCACUGGUGACGGGUAGGGCUGUGCUGCUGUGGCAGAGAGUGUUGGGCCAGCUCAGAAACCAACAGGCUACAGGCAGAGGCGACAUCCGGGACAGUGGUGCUAAGCCUGUCAUGGUCUACAUCCAUGGAGGCUCUUACAUGGAAGGGACAGGCAACAUGAUUGAUGGCAGCGUCCUCGCCAGUUAUGGCAAUGUCAUCGUCAUCACCCUCAACUAUCGGGUUGGGGUGCUAGGUUUCCUGAGCACUGGAGAUCAGGCUGCCAAAGGAAACUACGGCCUCCUUGACCAAAUCCAGGCCCUCCGCUGGGUGAGUGAGAAUAUUGCCUUCUUUGGAGGAGAUCCUCGCCGUAUUACCGUCUUUGGCUCAGGCAUCGGUGCAUCCUGUGUCAGCCUCCUCACACUGUCACAUCACUCUGAGGGGCUUUUCCAGAGGGCCAUCAUCCAGAGUGGCUCUGCUCUGUCCAGCUGGGCUGUGAACUACCAACCAGUAAAGUACACCAGCCUUCUGGCAGACAAAGUGGGCUGUAACGUGCUGGAUACUGUGGAUAUGGUGGACUGUCUUCGGCAAAAGAGCGCCAAGGAGCUGGUAGAGCAGGACAUCCAGCCGGCCCGCUACCACGUGGCCUUUGGGCCUGUGAUCGAUGGUGAUGUCAUUCCUGACGACCCUGAGAUCCUCAUGGAACAGGGCGAGUUCCUCAACUAUGACAUCAUGCUAGGUGUCAACCAGGGUGAGGGUCUCAAGUUUGUGGAAGGGGUGGUAGACCCUGAGGAUGGUGUGUCAGGCACCGAUUUUGACUAUUCUGUCUCUAACUUUGUGGACAAUCUGUAUGGCUACCCGGAGGGUAAAGACACCCUGCGAGAGACCAUCAAGUUCAUGUACACAGACUGGGCAGACCGUGACAACCCCGAGACCCGGCGUAAAACACUGGUGGCGCUCUUCACUGACCACCAGUGGGUGGAACCCUCGGUGGUGACAGCUGAUCUACAUGCCCGCUAUGGUUCACCUACUUAUUUCUAUGCCUUCUACCAUCACUGCCAGAGCCUCAUGAAGCCUGCCUGGUCAGAUGCAGCUCAUGGGGAUGAAGUACCCUAUGUUUUUGGUGUCCCUAUGGUAGGUCCCACUGACCUUUUCCCCUGCAACUUCUCCAAGAAUGAUGUUAUGCUCAGCGCUGUCGUCAUGACCUAUUGGACCAACUUUGCCAAGACUGGGGAUCCUAACAAACCAGUUCCCCAGGACACCAAGUUCAUUCACACGAAGGCCAACCGCUUUGAGGAAGUAGCCUGGUCCAAGUACAAUCCCCGAGACCAGCUCUACCUUCACAUCGGGCUGAAACCAAGGGUCCGCGAUCAUUACCGAGCCACUAAAGUGGCCUUUUGGAAACACCUGGUGCCCCACCUGUACAACCUGCACGACAUGUUCCACUACACAUCCACGACCACCAAAGUGCCGCCCCCCGAUACCACCCACAGCUCCCACAUCACCCGCAGGCCCAACGGCAAGACCUGGAGCACCAAGCGACCAGCCAUCUCCCCUGCCUACAGCAACGAGAAUGCCCAGGGCUCCUGGAAUGGGGACCAGGAUGCGGGGCCUCUCCUGGUGGAGAACCCUCGUGACUACUCCACUGAAUUAAGUGUCACCAUCGCUGUGGGGGCCUCCCUUUUGUUCCUCAACGUUCUGGCCUUUGCUGCCCUCUACUAUCGCAAGGACAAACGGCGCCAGGAGCCUCUGCGGCAGCCUAGCCCCCAGAGGGGAGCCGGGGCCCCUGAAUUGGGAGGUGCUCCUGAGGAGGAGCUGGCAGCGUUACAGCUGGGCCCCACUCACCAUGAGUGUGAGGCCGGUCCGCCCCACGACACACUGCGCCUCACUGCACUGCCCGACUACACGCUGACCCUGCGGCGCUCCCCUGAUGACAUCCCACUCAUGACCCCCAACACCAUCACUAUGAUUCCCAACUCCUUGGUGCAGACUUUGCACCCCUACAACACCUUUGCCACAGGGUUCAACAGUACCGGGCUGCCCCACUCACACUCCACCACCCGGGUAUAGCUCCAGCCCAGAGCACAGCUCACCUCCCGGCCCCCUCCCUCCCAAUACACACACAUACACACACACACACACACACACACACACACACGUGCACACAGAUACACACACAUACACGCACACACACAGAGACAUAUAUAUGUACACACUCACCCACACCCUGCAGCAGACCCAUCUGCACAAGCAUAGACAGAUGUGGACAUGCACCCGCAUGUACAAAAACACAAAUAGGAAGGUAAACCUGAAUAAACCCCUCGGCUGGGGACGCAGAUAAGUCCUUGGCAAGCUGAGGACCUGUGGAAUAGCAGCUGAAGCCAGCUCCCUGAGCCUGAACACAGACACUCCUGGGGGCCUGAAAGCAAGACUUGGACACCCCCUUGGUGCUCGCCUUCGGCCUUUCUCGGAACUACGCCACCAACCAACUCCAGACUUGGGAGCUUUCAAGAGCAAAGUAGCUCUUCCUCCCCAGACUUAGUCUUUUUUCUGGGUCUUGUUUUUGUUGAUUUUUUUUUAAAUUUUGGAACAAAUGCUUUUCCAACCCAUGAGUGCUAAGAGGCUCUGGAAGCGAGGGCUCCGGGCCCGGUUCUCUCUGGUUCUGGAACCCCCAGUGCUCAUAUAAUCAGACCGAGGGAUAGAACCCCCAUGAAAGAAACGGAUUCGCACGAGACUAUGGGGUGAACGGAGGAAGGGGCUGACGGUGGAAGGGGCUGGAGGGCCGUGGAGAAGAGAUCUCCAACCGUUUCCAGGUCCUUGUGAAGGGCUGCAGAGCCUGCGGGCGCCCCCUAGAGGCCAGCAGCCUUAGCCUGGCUAGACCAGGGGACCUUAGGUUUGGUGUACAAGGUACUGUGGAGGCCAUGCCAUUAUUGGGUCCCCAGGUAUAUAAUCUGGGUUCUGCCUCUGACCCUAGGGAAAUGCUAUCAGAAAUUCACCCCAUUUUCUUUAUAGUCUCUUUUGUGUCUGUCAUUUCUCUUUCAAAAAGGCGGUGUUUUUUUGUUUGUUUUUUUUAUUUUGGGGACUUUUUUUGUCGUUGUUGUUGUUGGCUUUUUUUUUUUUAAGAAAAGUUCUUAAAACACUAACGGAAACCCAUGGAGUUUGUCCUUUGUAAAAAUUUUAAACAGUGUCUUGAUAUAAAAAUAAAAAAUCCAGUCAGCACUCCCAA